AUGUCUUUGCUAUCAUCAUAUGAAACAUCACCAAACAUCACUACAGGUCAAUCAAUUUGUGAUAAAAGAUUGCUAGAAUUAGGUCAACUGAGCAGAGAAGGAUACAAUGCCACAAUUACUAACAAUAUUUGUCCAGAUAGUAUUUUCACUCCGAUAUUUGCAAGUGGAAUUUUGAUAUUUUAUAUUGUUCUGGUUUGUUUUGGGGUGUUUGGAGUUUAUUGGAAGAGAAAUAGUGGACAUGUCAAGGCACGUCAUGCGACAUUUAUGAUUUUGACAAUUGUUGCUAGUUUUAUGUGUGUUUUGUUGACGUGUUUGAGAUAUAUUGUGGGGAGGAAGGUGAUGCCUUGUUUUUUGUAUAGUAUCUCUAUAUUUAUUACGCCACCUGCCAUUUGUCUGCCAACUGUUUUGAGAUAUGUCAGAACUUUCUUCUUGUAUCGAUUGAAUUUGAAGAAAGCAGCAAAUGUGAGAGCUAGCAAAGAGUUUUAUAUUCAAAAGAAUACUGAACUAGAGAAGGAAGAAGUCAAAAGUCCAACUCGAGAUGUCCAAGUUGAUUUGACAUUUAACAAUGAAGAAAAUAAUAAGGAAAAUAAUGAAUUGAAUAAGGCUCAAUCAGAACAAGAAUUGAAUAUUACAUCGAAUAGUUCUGUGGAAAAGAGUGAUAUUGAUUCGAAUUCGGAAGGUUUAGACCAAGCUUACUUGGACUAUUCUGAAUCGGCCAUGUUUUCCAAAAGUUUCAAAAUUCUUAACUUUAUUUUGAGUAACAAGUUUAUUGUACUGGUUUAUAUUCUCGCAUUUGGAUUUCAUUUGGCUGUUUGGGCUAUCUUUGGAGGUGUGGAUGAGAUUUUAUGGAACACUUCAGGGAAACGAAUCUUCCUGUGGAGUGUGAGCAUGUUUCAGUUUGAUACUGGAUGUGUAACAACUACGAAUGGAGUAAUUUUGAUGGUUAGUGAGGCAGCUUUCUACAUCAUUCUAGAGUUUGUCUUUUUUAUUUUAUUGUUUUUUGUGGAUAGAGAUACGUGGUCAAUUAAGAUUGAAGCAAUUGUGAUGAUUAUCAUUCAGAUUAUAUUGGCAGCUUCAUUUCUUAUAAGUGGACAAAUUGAAGUGAUUAGAUUUUUCACAGAUUACAUAGUUCCAUAUGGAUUUGCUGCAUUAUUGUAUCCAAUUUUGGAAAUUUUAAUUUCAGUCAUUCUUCCAGUAAUUUAUGCCAUCAGACAAGAUAGAAAAUCAAUCACUCAUGAAGGAAAUCAAAUGGAAAUCCUCCUCAGAAAUAGAGAGACAUUCUGGCUCAUAUUGGACUAUGCAAGACGAAGUUAUUGCCCCGAGAAUAUUCUUGCAUAUAAGGAUAUUGAGAAUUUCAAAAAAAUUUCAAAAAAGAAUAGAAAGCAAGUUGCCCUCAAGAUUAUCAACACCUACUUGGUGCAUGACUCUCCUCUGGAGCUUAACAUUCCAAAUGCCUCGACGAGAUAUCAUGAAAUUAAUACGUUUCUUACAGGACUAGUUGAUGACAAUGUGCCUUUAGAUCUCUUUGAUGAUAUCAAACUAGCUUGUCUGACAAAUAUGACAGACAUCUUUGAACGAUUGAAAUCUAGUAAUUUGGAAUUCAAACAAAAAGUUGAAUCAUUGAACAAAGGACAAUAA